AUGAAUGAAGGGCCAGUGGCCAGGCUGGGCACCACAGCUGGCAUCCAGUAUUCCAUGGUUGGUGUCCGGUAUGCCACAGUCACCAUGUGCUGUGCCACAGUCGGUGUCCAAUACACCUCUGUUGGCGUCUGGUACGCCAUGACUAUUGUUCGAGGAAAUAAGCCUCGAAAGGAUACUUCAAUCAACGGCCUGCUGGAAGAGUUUGACAAUAUCUCAGUGACACGAUCCAAUUCCCUGCGGAAGGAAAGUCCUCCCACCCACCACCAAGGAAACGCAAACCACGUACCGAGGCAUCAGGAGGAAAAUGGUUAUGUCACAUACUCCCAGUACUCCAGUGAGUCAGACACUACAACAGACUAUGUCGUGGAAAAAUAUCAAGACAAAAGUCUUUACGGGGAAGAGUUAGACAGGUACUACAAAGGGAGCUAUGCCACCAAGCAGAAUGGGCACAUGAUGAAGGUGACUUCCCAGGACAUCUAUUAUUCGGAAGCGACACCCCUCCAGUCAGACCUCUCCAGGUUCCUCCCAGAUUACCACACACCCUUGGAGACAAAGCCCAAACCACUGGAAUAUGGUGGCCUAAGGCUGGAGUAUCAGCGGAUCCCCAGUGGAUCCUCCCUGGACUAUAGAGAUCCCUUUCCUUACACCCUGUCCCGAGUAUCGGUGCAGAGCGAGUGCCCCAAGGAGAGGCUGGAGUACAGCGACAGCGACUGGGGUCCUGGCCUGGGCAAGGAUGACUCUGACAAGAGGCCGAAGUCAUCCUAUGUGGACCCAGCAAGCCCUCAGCCCGCGAUGAGGCAGAGGUCCAGGUCAGGCUCUGGUCUGCAGGAGCCAGCCAUGCCCUAUGGAGCAAGCGCUUUUAAAGCACACCAGCAAGGACAUUCCUACAGCUCCUACACCUACCCGCGCUUGUCUGAAACUGCAGCAGGCAUCCCCAAGGUGGAUUAUGAUCGAGCUCAGCUGGUCGUUAGCCCACCGCUCUCUGGAUCAGACACAUACCCCCGGGGCCCACUAAAGCUACCUCAAAGUCAGAGCAAAGUCAGCUAUUCAAGCAGCAGCUACCAGUACCCUCUGGUCUAUCACAAAGCAUCCCACUAUCACCAGCAGUCUCUUCAGCCCGGCUCUCCCUAUAUUUCCACUGCCUCCUACCCCAGUUCCCCAAGUAUCACAUCAAGUCCUUAUCCUCCACCCAGCUGGGGAUCCUCCUCGGACCAGCAGCCCUCCAGGGUGUCCCACGAACAGUUCAGAGCUGCCCUGCAGCUUGUGGUCAGCCCUGGUGAUCCCCGGGAGUACUUGGACAGCUUCAUCAAGAUCGGGGAGGGCUCCACGGGGAUUGUCUGCAUCGCCACUGAGAAGCAUACGGGAAAGCAAGUUGCUGUGAAGAAGAUGGAUCUCAGGAAACAGCAGAGAAGGGAGCUGCUCUUUAAUGAGGUUGUAAUCAUGAGAGAUUACCAUCAUGAAAACGUGGUUGACAUGUACAACAGUUACCUUGUUGGUGACGAGCUGUGGGUUGUGAUGGAGUUUCUGGAGGGCGGCGCUUUGACAGAUAUAGUGACUCACACGAGGAUGAAUGAGGAGCAGAUAGCAACUGUCUGCCUGUCCGUCCUGAGAGCCCUGUCCUACCUGCACAACCAAGGUGUCAUCCACCGUGACAUCAAAAGUGACUCCAUCCUUCUCACAAGCGAUGGGAGGAUAAAAUUAUCUGACUUUGGGUUCUGUGCCCAAGUGUCAAAGGAGGUCCCCAGGAGGAAGUCGCUGGUUGGGACGCCAUACUGGAUGGCUCCGGAGGUGAUAUCCCGCCUGCCCUACAGCACCGAGGUGGAUAUCUGGUCCCUGGGCAUCAUGGUGAUAGAGAUGAUUGACGGCGAACCUCCCUACUUCAACGAGCCGCCACUGCAGGCCAUGCGCCGAAUCCGGGAUAACUUACCGCCGCGGGUGAAGGACAUGCACAAGGUUUCCUCGGUCCUCCGGGGCUUCUUGGACUUGAUGCUGGUGCGGGAGCCCUCGCAGAGAGCCACGGCACAGGAACUGUUGAGACACUCGUUUCUCAAACUGUCUGGGCCCCCCUCUUGCAUUGUGCCACUCAUGAGGCAGCACAGACACCGCUGAAGCCAGUGAUUUUUCAAAAGGAGUCCAGAUAUAAUGCCUGCAGCUGUCUGGGAACUGUGGGCAGGGAAGAGUGAAACCUUGUCGAGGAAAACCAGCCCUG